GAAUGACUGAUAGUCCAAAACUAUUCAGUUAGUCAGUCUGGAAGGGAGUCGAAGUGAUUAAUUUGGAACUUUUAUUCCGUAGUUUUAUUCUAACAUCUGGUUUUGAUUCAGAAUGAUUUACGUCAUCAUGGGCGUGUGUGGGUGUGGAAAGACAUCAGUUGGAACAUGUCUUUCUGAAAAGUUGAAUUGUGAAUUCCGCGAUGCCGACAGUUUUCAUUCUGAGGAAAAUAAAAGUAAAAUGGCGAGUGGAACACCUUUAACCGACCAGGACAGAAUUCCGUGGUUAACAGCAAUUCACAACUAUAUCACAGAGAAAUGUAGAAAUGACGAAACCAUGGUAGUCACUUGUUCAGCAUUGAAGAAAUCUUACAGAAACAUUCUAAAGUCGGGAAAUCCAGAUAAUGCUAGCGCUUCUGACACAAGUUUUAAACUGAUAUUUCUGAAAGGGGAUGAGGACAUUCUCUUAGAGAGACUUCAAUCCAGAAAAGGACAUUUUAUGCCUGCGUCCAUGUUAAAAUCACAGUUGUCUACCCUUGAAGAGCCUAAUGAUGAUGAAAACUGUUUGGUGGUUGAUAUCAGAACUCCUGUUAAUUGUAUUGUGGAUACUAUUUUAAGUUAAUAAAUGAUCUUUAAUCACU